UCUGUUCCCAGAUAUUGCAGUUGCACAAUCACUAGAAAAUAUUAUACAUUUUCUUGACUACAAAAUAUGCUCACUCGUUUUUCUUUCUGCAAAAAUACUACUCCCGAUGACAAACUGCCGUGAAGAGCUAAAGAAACGUCAUCAGAAUCUGCACACUCAAAAGCAAAAAUAUGAUAACGACGUUUCUUCUAUUUUUAGUUCAUCAUUUUCCUAUUUCUCUUUCUAAGUACGUUUGUUUGUCUGUCUCUAACAAUGUCUUUGCUCUUUCACUCGCUGCUCAUACUGUGCCUUUACUUUUUCUUCACCUUUUUUUUUAAUUUCUCUGUCUAAACUCUCGUUUUUUCUCUUGUACUAGCUGUAUUUCUUAGAUCACAUUGUUCUUUACUUUCAUCCUGCUUGUUAGAGAUAUAUAUUAAACAUAUAUUAGCCCAAUAUAAUAGAUCUAAGCCUAGUCCUGCUUGUAUUAGUAGUCUAGGGUUUAGUUGCCUAUAUAUCUCUAACACUGCUGAACUAAUAUAUAUCUCGAACACUGCUGAACUAAUACAACUAUCUUUAGCUUCAGAGGUCCUAAUUUCUUGGGUGUUUUGAACAGAAGCUGGCUAGUAAAGCAGAUUGGAGGCAUUAAUAUCAUGGGUUGGUUUUUAUUUUCUGUUGGGUUGGUUUCAUUGUGUUCAAUGGUGUGCACAGUGAGUGGCAUUGGUGCCAACUGGGGUACACAGUGCAGUCACCCUCUGCCUCCAGAUAGUGUAGUGAAGUUGCUGAAGGAUAAUGGGUUUCGAAGGGUUAAGCUUUUUGAUGCAGAUUAUGAUGCAUUGAGAGCUCUAGGUAAAUCUGGGGUUGAGGUCAUGGUUGGGAUUCCUAAUGAUAUGCUUCCAUCCAUGGCCAGUAGUGUGAAAGCUGCUGAGAAAUGGGUUGCCAAAAAUGUCUCCACACAUAUCACCACCAAUUAUGUCAACAUCAGGUUUGUUGCAGUUGGAAAUCAACACUUCUUGGAAACCUACAAUGUAAGCCUUCUCAAAACAACCUUCCUUGCUCUGCAGAAUGUCCAAAUUGCCCUGAUAAAAGCUGGUCUUAGCGGCACAGUAAUGGUUACAGUCCCCCUUAAUGAUGAUAUGUAUGAGAGCUCAACUGGCCUGCCUUCUGGUGGUGACUUCCGAGCCGACAUACGAGACCAAAUGCUUGCCAUUGUCAAGUUCUUGAUUUUCAAUAAUGGGGUCAUUACCGUGAACAUCAAUCCAUUUAUAAGUCUCUACACCGAUCCAAACUUCCCUAUUGAGUUUGUCUUCUUUGAUAAAAAGGCAACACCUAUAAAUGAUAGUGGGAAGACCUAUUACAAUAUGUUCGAUGCAAACUAUGACACACUUGUGUGGGCACUAAACAGGAAUGGUUUUGGAAAUUUGCCAAUCACAGUUGGAGAAAUUGGUUGGCCAACUGGUGGGGAUCAAAAUGCUAAUAUAGAGUAUGCUAAGCGGUUCAACCAAGGUUUUUUGACCCAUAUAUUGGGCGGCAAUGGGACCCCGAUGAGACCUGGGAUGAUUGAUGCGUACUUGUAUAGUUUGAUUGAUGAGGAUGCUAAGAGCAUUGAUCCAGGAAGUUUUGAACGCCACUGGGGGAUUUUUAAUUGUGAUGGGUCAGCAAAAUACCAGCUUAAUGUGAACUUUGUGGACCACAAGAGGUGUGUGAUGAAGCCAUCAGCUAAACUUGCUGACCCACAUGCGGCACCAAGUGUGGGCUAUGACUGUGGACUUGCUGAUAGCGCUAGCCAUGGUUAAGGUUCUUCCUAAAUAAAGGAUUGGGUUAAGUAUGUGUUUUUGCUUUUACUUCUAUCUGUCUCUCUAUGUAUACGUAUAAAUCAAAACAAUACUAUUUUGGACAGUAUUUGUGUGUGUUACUGUUUUUAAUAUAUUUAUAAGAUAUCAAAUAUAUAUGGAUA